AGAGGGCAGCAGUGAUCACUACACUGCCUCAGUGAGCCACUAAUGAGUGUGAGAAUGUGUAUGCGUGCAGCACAAGUGCAGUACACUGCCAACAGGGGUUUAUGUUGUAAGAGCGACACUGCGGUCAGUUAGAAAUGCAUCCAACAUUAGAAUCUGGGCUGGGGGGUGUGUGUGUGUGUGUGUGUGUGUACUGAUCUUCUGGUUCAUUAAAAGUAAAUGUCAGGGUUGCAUUCUAACGAAAAUAAUUCAAAAAAGUAUCUGGGUAAAAGGAAAACAUUUCAAAUGUCAUUCUCAUUCCAGUCAAAACAGUGCUAUAAUUAUAAAUACUAUUAAAUGAAGUAGUGCUCUACAUGAUGACAUGCAAACAUACACACGUGAACUCGCACAGAAUCAUCCGCAUGUUACAGAUUCACAUACAGAUUCAUGUAGACAAGUGACAGGAAAUUCAUCUGACAUCCCCCAGCCAAAUAGGAGCCAAAUGCAUCAAGCCUGGCUCUCCUCUACAACUCUCUCUCUAUUUUUGUAUUCAAAUGCAGAGCCAAGUCACAGAAUCGACUGUUCGUAUUAGUAAUACAGGUAGACUAUCUAUCACACUUUUAAAAACAUGUUAAAAAGGGCAUGUUUGACCUAACUUAAUAUAACCCAUUAAACAAUCUUGUGAUUGUGAACAUUACAUGAACUACUGUACACAACAAAUUUUAAACUGCACUCUCAAAACGGUGCAAUCUACUUUAAUAGAAUCCAACAAUAACAUGAUUACCUGUUCAAUUAGCUAUAAACACAGAUUAUGUGUAGAUGUAUGCUGGAAAUGAUUUGGCCUGAACAAUAAAUACAGCCUAUUUUUCCCAAAGAUAACUUAAAUCAAUAUUUUAACAAAGCUUUCAUUAAAAGUCAAAAGACUUCAAAUCCAUCCUUCAUUUCUCUUUGUGUCUGUCUCUAUCCCAUUUGCUGUUGAAAAGAGCUGUUCAGAUUAUUUUUCACUCUAUCUAGUAAUGCUUUGAUACGAAUCAAACAUUUGAUUGUCAGAGAUUGAAAUGAAAAUAGUUUCCAUGGUUUCUCUCAGCAUGUUAAAUGUUGAGGACAAAAUGUCUUCAGGCAAACUCAUACAGUAAACCAACAUGUGCAUGAUAUGAAUAUCUUAAUAAAAGCAUAUCUGAAAGUUUACCACAAUAAAUUCAUGGAUGCUUAUUUAAAAUCUCCAUGUUUUUAAUGUGUGUACACUACUGGGGACUUUGUACUUGACAUUUACUGUUUAACAAUAAGCAGUAGAUUUCUAAACUUCUUUCAUUCGCAGCAGGGAAAUGUGGAUUAUAUAAUACUUUGAGAAGCAUAAUUAUACAAACCACAGCGUUUCUAAAGGCAUGAAAGCACCUACUGCUCGUCCAGAUCUUCUGAAACUAAAGCUGUUCGCGCGAGCGAGUCACAAAAUUGUACCACGAGACCCAGGGCUUUCGCCUCAUCGUGACGUGAAAGAGUUCCCUUCGAUAAAUAUAAACACUUUCUAAAAUUAGUCCUCUCCACACAAUUAAUUCCCUGACGAUUCCUUUGACGCUAGUCACGUGUGCGCAUUUCGUGAGUGUAUGUGGGGGGGGGGGUGACAUUUUGACAUAUAAAGCUGUUUCAAGGGCGAAUUCUGCAUUACCAGUGCACGCAAAACCCUGCGCGAGGCACUACUUUAGGGUUGAGAAGAAGAGCGGAUUAUUCGUCCUCUCUUGAGAUUUCGCAUUCCAAGAACGUUUAGAUGGAUUUCCCCAACACUUCGCUGACUGGACGGAGGUCGGAGUCAUGGAAAGCCGUGCAGUGGAUAUCGCAUUGGGGGAUCUACAAGUUCUAUUGAUGCGAUUUUGUUCCCCGUCAUGAACUGUCCUGGAGCUGCAGUUCAAAGUUGGGGGCUUUAAGAGCGGGGAACAUCAUGCACACAGCGGAGCUCGCGCUCUCUCUUCUAAUUGUCGUGAUCAUCGGUGUGUCGCUGCUGUCCAACGUGCUAGUGCUGAUCUGCUUCUUGUACAAUGCAGAAAUUCGCAAGCAGGUUCCCGGUUUGUUUAUACUCAACCUGACGUUCUGCAACCUGCUUCUGUCCGCCUCCAGCAUGCCGUUGACUCUUUUCGGAGUGUUGAGCAAAGCACAUCCCGGAGGACAAAUUUUCUGUCAGGUUGUCGGGUUUCUUGACACUUUCCUGACCACCAACUCAAUGCUGAGUAUGGCAGCGCUAAGCAUCGACCGCUGGGUUGCAGUGGUGUUCCCUCUCAGUUACCAUUCCAGGAUCCGUCACCGGGACGCUGUAAUCGCUCUGGUUUACACGUGGGUGCACUCGCUGUCCUUCUCCGUGGUUGCCGCGGGCCUCUCCUGGGUGGGCUACCAUCAGCUGUAUGCUUCGUGCACGCUCUGUAACGGCAGGGCGGUCAAUGCCAAGACGCAGUUUGCGAUUUACACCAUGGUGCUGCACUCGCUCACGUUCCUGUUGGUGUCGGUGGUGCUCUGCUUCACGUAUCUAAAAGUGCUCAAAGUCGCGCGCUUUCACUGUAAGCGCAUAGACGUGAUAACCAUGCAAACGCUCGUACUGAUAGUGGACAUUCACCCGAGUGUUCGUCAGCGCUAUCUGGAGGAGCAGAAAAGGAGAAGACAGAGAGCCACCCGCAAAAUUAGUACCUUCAUUGGAACCUUCGUUGUCUGUUUCACCCCUUAUGUCAUUACCAGGAUUGUGGAGCUAUUUGUGACGGAGCCAUUUAAUCCAUAUUGGGGCGUGCUGUGUAAGAGUCUGGCAUACAGCAAAGCUGCAUGUGACCCCUUCGUCUACUCUCUUCUGCGACACCAGUACAGGAAGACCUGCAGUGACAUCAUCAAUCGACUCUUGAAACGCAGUUCCCCGAAUGGCUCCAGGCACCAGCAGGUAAAUGGAAAGAUUGGGAGGGCCAAGGAAAUCAUAAAAGAUGGGAAAGUCGAAGCCAGACCUACAAACUGAGGACUCCUGUUGCUAUAGAGAUGAAUGAUCACAAAGGUAGAGCUCUGACUCUGGAGAGAGAGAGAGAGAGAGAGAGAGAUCAGUGAAGACAGAGGAAACAGCGGGACAUUUCUCAACUCAAAAAUAAUAUAAGAUGUAACUGUAGCAAGAGAUUUAGUAGAAAAGAGAUUCUUUUUAUAAAAGUAUUUAUUCAUUUACUUUCUUUUUUUCUCUUUCUUUCUUUCUUUGAUUCUUAAAUCAAACUUCUAUAAAGCUGCAAUCCACAAAAGCUGCUAGUUAGCCAAUAUUCAAAGAGAAUCUGUAGGAACUUUUAUAUAUAUUGGUCUGAUUUGUCUCUUGUUAUAGUGAUAAAGUGCUGUUUAGACUUAGAUAGGUUUAGACUUGAAUCGGUGACUGCUUUGACUUACUGUAAAACAUGGUCAAAUGUGAGAAAACAAGAUCGCAUUGUGAGUUUUUCAAAACAGAAUAAGAAACAAUAUUUUCUAGAUGAUGUAUUAGUGGAACUCAACGGCAUGGGGUUUUGAUCUUUUUUGUAGCAUGUAUUGUAUCUUCAGGGUUUAGAUAUGAAGCUAAAAAGCAAUGGGUGGUGGACCUUGGGUCUUAUGGUGCCUUUUAUUUAUUUAGUUUAUUUAAAACCAAAUCUGCAUAGGCUGAACAAGCUCAUUUCAGCAGAAAACUGUAGAGAAAUUGUGUUGUGUAAACCAAAGGGUAUAAAAAACGUAUUUAUUGAGAGUGUAACAAUACAGCUUAAAAAAAAAUAAAACGUUGGAUGUACUUGCCUCUGAAAAUUAUCCGUGAAAAUAUUGUGCAAGUGCCUGAAGUACUGUCAUAUGGGUUUACUUAAUUAAUGUUCUCUGUGUGGGAGCACUGGUCACAAGAUACAAAAAAAAAAAACACUUGCAAAAGAGCAAAAUGAAAAAAAGUCAAAAUUUUUCUUUCCAUAUUCGUUUUGUUGAGUUUUUUUUCUAUGUACUGUAUAUAUGCAUAUACAUAUUUGUAUUUUUAAAGAGUAAAUCAUUUUUACAGGGUAAUUUAUAUCUGAAUGUCACUCUAUAGUAAAUAUGUAUUGUUUUAUUUUUUGUAGUGUGUGUGUAUGAAUAUGUGUGGGAAUAUAUGACAUUUGGAAGUGGGAACAUUAUCACACUUAUAUGUUUUUCUUUCGUGCAAAUGUAAAGCCUUAGGAAGAAACGACUAUUUUUGUUAAACAGGAAAUAACAUCAUUUUAAACUUUGCUACGUAAAUAUCUUUGUGACUUUGAUGACAAUAAACAGUGCGUUUGAAAA